AUGCAAGAGUUAAUAUUCUCCAACGAAAAAGCUGACUCGUACAGGUUAAGCAUUCAAAGAAACAUCGGCAUCAUGUCAAAAGAUGUUGACCGAAACCAGGUUUUACAAAACAUUCGAGUGCGGCAUACACUGAAGAGGGAUGGCAGUUGGAUCCACAAAUCAAAGGAUGUCAAAAACGUCCAUGAAGUGGAGAGCCAACCUGCCCUAUCGAAACAGAAGUCCUACGUCUUGCUCACAGCCAGGAGAUUCGGGUGUGCCGACAAACUGAGCUCUCUGCUGGGGGAGCCUGACACAACAUCCGCGUGA